GUCAGUGUGAUUGUGAUGUGAACAGUCGUCUAAUAAAAUUGAUAAAGUUUGUUUUGUCUGAGAAUUAAGAAUAUCAUUUUACAAAAUUUCUAGUCGUCAUGAGAUAAUAUAUUAUUAAAAAACUAAAUUACUAUUAUAUUUUAACGUUAAAUUAAAAUUUACAAUGGAAUCGGUUUGUGUUCGAUAGUAAAAAUGAGAAAUGUUCUUGGCUUACUGAUUGUCACACGCGAUUCUAUCUCCGAGUAGAAAAAUUGUAUCUUCUUGAAAGAAUCGUUAUAUGUACGCAGCGGGAAUGACAAUAAUGGCAGUGUCUGUUGGCGAAAUUUGCGAGAACACCAAGCUGGCUCGGGAAAUGGCUUUGAUGGGAAACUAUGAGUCGGCUUUGGUGUAUUACGAGGGGACAGUACAGAUGAUCCACAGGCUCCUGAUUACGAUUGCGGACCCCACACGCAAGUCCAAGUGGCAAUUGGUCCAGAAGCAGAUGGCACGGGAGUACGAGCAGCUGAAGGCGACUGUGGCGACUCUGCAGAUGUUCCAGCACGAGGGCGAGAAAGCCAUCACCCCCUUGACCAGUGCGUUAGAAGACCUGCCGACCCGAGAUCAGAUGUGGGCGCCGGCGCCGCACGAGAUCGACCCCGACAUCUGGCCGCCGCCGCCGGACCGCGACCCCGCCGCCUGGCCCUCGCCCACCAGCGUCGAACACAAAGGACCUCCAGUGAUGAAAUCGGCAAGGAAUAAUCCACGGAAUAACAGAACGGCUGACAGCAAGAAAGCGACAGGCAGGAAUGCGACCACAUCACAACGAAAGACGUCAGACGUCAGGAAUCCUAGGAUAAACACUAGCAAGGGACAUAGCGCUAAAACCAAGGACACGAGUAAUAAAGAGAACAGCAAUACAAAAGACAAGCAAGACAGAGACAACAAUAACGGUGAUACGGAUGAUGAGAAACACAAGGAAGAGGAAAGGAGAUUUGAGCCACCUUCCGCCGUUGAUGGGGACCUAGUGGAUAUGUUAGAACGGGACAUAGUGCAAAAGAAUCCAAACAUCCGAUGGGAUGACAUCGCCGAUCUAACAGAAGCAAAGAGAUUGUUGGAAGAGGCUGUGGUCUUGCCGAUGUGGAUGCCGGACUUUUUUAAGGGUAUCCGCCGUCCAUGGAAGGGAGUGUUGAUGGUGGGUCCGCCGGGAACAGGAAAGACAAUGUUAGCCAAAGCUGUGGCUACUGAGUGUGGAACGACAUUCUUCAACGUGUCUUCGUCUACCCUCACAUCGAAGUACCGGGGGGAGUCGGAGAAACUAGUCAGACUACUAUUUGAAAUGGCGCGGUUCUACGCACCAAGUACAAUAUUCAUAGACGAGAUAGAUUCGCUGUGCUCGAGGCGCGGUUCAGACAGCGAACACGAGGCCUCCAGACGAGUCAAGUCUGAACUACUUGUGCAGAUGGACGGAUUGGGUUCGGCUACCGAUGAACCCGCUAAGGUAGUAAUGGUGUUAGCUGCAACAAACUUUCCAUGGGACAUCGAUGAAGCGUUGAGACGUCGGCUCGAGAAGAGAAUCUACAUUCCCCUCCCCACGCAAGAGGGACGAGAGGCUCUGCUACAUAUUAACCUUCGAGAGGUCAAGGUGGACCCUGAAGUUGAUCUUCGAACCAUUGCCAAGAAACUUGACGGGUAUUCUGGAGCAGAUAUCACUAAUGUGUGCAGAGACGCAUCUAUGAUGUCCAUGCGACGAAAGAUCGCGGGUCUCAAGCCUGAACAAAUCAAACAACUUGCCAAGGAAGAGCUGGACUUGCCCGUGACUCACCAAGACUUUAUGGAGGCUCUCGCCAAGUGCAAUAAAUCCGUUUCUAAAGGAGACAUACAGAAAUAUCUCACGUGGAUGGACGAAUUCGGUUCCUCUUGAUUUACGUAGAAACGUUCAAAAGACAAUCAGUGAAAAAAUCUACAACAAAAUUGGAAGUGUCAUCUAAAACAAAAAGAACAAUAUUUUUGUAAAAAAAGCAAUUUACAGCAAUAAAAAAAUAAAACGUAAUGGACUUUUUCAGUAUUAAAAACGUUUAAAAAUAAACGCAUAUCGAAUUAUUUGUGUACCACGAUAAAUAAGACAACAUAUAAUUAAUUACAUUCCCGUACAAUGAAAUGAUGUAAAUAAUUUGUCAAAUCUGCUUUUUGAACAUUCAAAAAAAGUAUUAAAAAUCAUUUUGUGUGAUGUAAAAAUGUGUAUAAAUUAAGCACAAAAUUGUAAAAUACGCGUUAUAUAUGAAGCUUUUGCGUGUUUACCAGUGCAAGCUACGUUUGAAAGAUCUGUCAUCACUUACCACAUUUUGUCAGUAUAAUUAUGUGAAUGUACCGUGAUCUUUGUACUUAAAUUAGGUUAAUACGAGAUUUAUAGUUGUAGAAUAAUUUUUAUGCCAUAACUAAUUUAUACCUACUUUUAUAGAUUUUUAUAAAUAUCCAAUUAUUAUUGUUUAAUAAAAAAUUACAUAAAUAUAUUUGGCAUAUAAAAUCAUUCGCUCAAUUUGAAA